UGUUAAAUUAUCAAUUUCAUUCCGUCGAAGUACAAAGUAUACAUAGUAAAGUGACGAAAUUUUAAAUAGAUAUAAAUAAAGUGAACUCAACAAAUGAUAAUGUGGUGAAAGAAACAGUGAUAAAAUGGUUUUAGUAAGAACUUUAAAUACAGGACCGUUUCGUGUGAGAAGUGUGAAACAUAAAACGAUAUGGGAUGACUCAUAGUGAAAAAUAUUAUGUGCAACCCACAAUCCGAUCAGAAGAUGAUGCGAGAAAUUCACGACAAUGCUGGGGCAGGCGCAAGCGGCGCGAUGGAGGAAAGCGAGGGCGGAGGGAGUGGGGCUGCAGAGGUCGAUAUGGACGAGUGCAGUUCCCUCGCGUUGCCUCCUGACCUGCCCCCCUAUUCCGGCGACUACAUCAUCAGCGAUUACAUGGAACGCCUGGGUACACGACUUAACAUUCUUGAAACCGAGCUGAAAUAUGCUUGGCGGGCGCUCGAUCUUCUAAGUCAGGAGUAUGUUAGAAUGUGGGAAAGACUAGAACGCUUGGAGGCACUGCUUGCAGAUCAACAGGGUGUUAUAUCAACAUUACUAGACUUUUAUACAUGUCGAACUGUUACAUCUAGAGAUCCAAUGACUCGCCUUGAAGUAAUCAGAGAAAUAUUAGGCAAUGGUACUGUUGAGGAUGGUAUCGAAGAAGGUUUGGAUAUAGGACGAAGUUCUGUUCUGAUUGAUCCACAGGAAGAAAUAAUGGAGUCAAAUGAAGCAUUUUAUAAGAGUUUAAAUCAAGCUUAUAGGGAUGAUCUAGUUUGUGAUGAAACCUCAAGACCACCAUCUCAACUAGAUAUGAUUUGGGAAGCUCCAGAAGAAACUGAUAUCGAAAUUGUACCUUCUAAUUCGAGACAAAUAUACAGUGCAACUGAUUAUAAAGAUUAUUGUGGUAUGCAAGGAGGUCCUGGCAUUAGCGAAAGAGAUUUAGUACAUUUGUCUACAUUAAGUACAAUAGAUCAAAUUACUGUAGAUAAAUUACAUGAAUUAGAUAGGUUGACAACACAAUUACACAAAGAUUCGAGAGAGCUAAAAGACUUGAAAACCAGACUUCUUAGUCCAGAAACAAAAAUUGCAUCAAAACAUGACAGAGAUAUAGAAGCAAAAACUCUUGUAGAAGACGGAAAUAUUAUUAACGAACAAUUAAAAAGUGUUUAUUCCGGGGGAGAAAACUGGGGUAUAAAUGAUAUGAUGAAAAGUUUUGACGAUUUUAUGUUGACAAUGCCAAAAGAUUCUGUUGUUAGAGAUAAAUCUCCAUCUAGAUUAUCUCUAACAGAAAAUACAGCAACAGAAAGAACAAUGGACUAUUUACCACCAACUCUAUCCCCUCGUCGAAAAUUCGUUCCAGAAAGAACAACCACAGAACCAUAUACUACAGUCACAGGUCGUUUAGCAUAUAGUUCAGCAGUGGCAAAUGCUGAAAUCAAUGCAGCUAAAGCUUCUAAAUCUCCGAGUGCAAUUUCCAGAGAUCGAUUUGAAUACAGUUCAACUUAUCAGGUUGCAGAUAGUAGACAAAGCUAUUACAGCAAUAAAAGUAUGUCACAACAAUUAAAUGAUAUUUAUAAAACAGAUGCCGAGCAACUCUCUCCUUUGUCCGUUCAUGAAAUUUAUAAUGGAUCUACCAGCAACAGUCGACUCGAAAUUAACUAUGAGGAAAAUAGAUUACAUAAAUCUCCUAGUCCUCCGCCACCAGCGCCGCCUAAUGGAGAUGAAAAAUUUUCCGUCGAAAAUAACAGCGAAACAAUAACUAGUCAUCACUCUAUGCUUUCAACUGUUCCAGCUGAUAAUAUUCGUUUAAGUCCGAGAUCGCCCAAAUCACCAAAAUCCUCACCUAAACAUAUUAAAAGAGAUACUACUAACAUUGUGGCUGCUAAAUCUGAUUCAGGGUUAUCAUCAAUGAGUGGAUGGUCGAGUCUUGAAAAAAGUCCUGGAUCACCAAAAAUGGGACGAAUUACUCAUGGAAGUCACGAUUCUCAUAAGAUAAGAAACUCCUCUCCACAAUCAAUACAAAGAUUGUCCUAUGAAAUUGACUCUAAACCAUAUUUAGAAACCCUAGUGGACUCAUACGUUUACGACGGAAAAAAUGUAAAAAAUGACUAUAGUUUACGUAAAAUGGAUUUACCCAAAGAUGUGUGUAGUUCCAGAGACUUGAGCAUUUUGCAGGAAAAAAUUGAUAGUGCUUUUUUAAAAAAUGAUAUACCGUAUUCCAUUUCUGGUCAAAGUACACAAGUCAGUAAUAUGAGUGAGUAUUAUUAUGGAAAUGAAGCACCAUCAAUCUAUUCUGUGGCAGGUAAUAGACAGCCAAUUUUUACUACUGUUUAUAGUACACCAAGGGGUAUGUUAUCUGAAGAUAGAAAUUUUUCCGAAUUAUUAGAUAGAAAUGAAAUUACUGAAUCUGCUGUAAGGCCAGCAGUAGAUUCAUAUCCUCCAGAGCCUAGUUAUCAUGCGCAAACUGUUGUAAUGUCUGCAGCAAAUGCCAACAAAAGAUCUCUUACAAGAGUAAAUACAAUGGGUCCAAAUGAUCCCAGUUUUUAUCAAAAUGGAUAUAAGUCGUCUGGACAUCGUACGGGUUAUCCGCCAAGUAAUCUAACAGAUGCUUUAUCUUAUUAUCCCACAUCGACUAGAUAUGAUUCACCGAAACAAACCUCAAUAGAAGAUCAACUAUCUUGGCAAGGAGGGAGUAGAUCACCCACGAGUUCAAUGGAGACUUCCAGUUUGAAAUCACAUUCUUUAAAUAUAUCCGAAAGAAAACAAUUUCAAAAUCAAUUGCAACAAGAAUACUUCAAACAACAACAAUACGACCAACGAAAUGGUAAUAUUAUGUAUGAAAAUCAAGGAUAUGAUAAGCAGAUAAUUACAGAUCAUUCCAAAGCCAGAAAGGAGCAAUAUGUAGAUUCGAGUGGUAUAUUAGUAUCAGAAUCGGGAUAUUUAUCUAUAUCUACAAAUUUAAAAAGUAAACCUCUAGAAAAACAACCAAAAAAGCCAAAGAGAACAUCUUCUCUUAAGUCAGCAAUGUCUUCUGUAAGUCAUUGGUUACCAGAUUUACAUCUACCGAAAAAACAUAGAUCACAUUCCUUACCAUCGGGAGUUGAUACGGUAGAACAGCCUCAACAAGAAAAGUCAUUAAAAGAAAGAAUAUUAUCAGCUCAAAGAAGAAAGAAGAAAUAUCAUUUAGUGGCAUCAAUGUCUGGAUUAUUACAGAAAGCUAGACGAAAAAACCAAGCUAGUCAUCAAUCAUUAUCAGACCCUGAGACAUCAGAAACAGAAUGGUCUGGAGGUCGAUCAAGUGCUCAGUCAGAGGACAGUGAUAGUGUAUUUUCUGACUCAGCUCAUGAAAAUAAUAUGUUUGCUAAAGUAGCCACAAAGUCUAAACAAAGAAAGCUUAACAAUCAAGAUAUUGUUGAACAACAGCAAAUGAUACAAGAAUUACAGCAACAUGGACUUGAUUAUCAUGAUGAUAGUGAAUGUAUAGUGGAAGAAAAUGAAAAAAUACCUAUUACUAAUGUUAUACCACGCGACAAAAGUGAUGAUAUAGAUUUCCAUUUUGCUCGAGUUAGUCAAAUGAAUAAAAACAAUAUAUCAGAACUAGAAAAGUUAGAUAUUGAUACUGAUAUAUCUAAUGUUGAUUUGUUUGAAGAAGAAGAAAAAGAAGAUAAUCAAUCACCUGCAUCACUUUUUGCUACUGUAGGAGAUGUAAAAAAGGCAGCAGGUACUUCAGAUGAAGGACUCAGCGAACUUAAUAAAUCUUACAGUGGAAGUUCGCAAGAGUUUGCAGUUUCUCGGGCACUGGGAAAGUAUAGACUACGGAAAUCAACAUCAAUUUCAGACGAACAUAUGGCUGAUAAUAUUUCACCACCAAAACCGGAAACAGACUCUCAAGAAGAGAUAACUGACGAAUACAUGAAUCAAAAAGAAAAAAGAAUACGAAAAAAAAGUACACCUGAAAUAAUAAGUACUACAGUAUCAGAAGAUACCCCUACUUACCCAGAAAGAAGCCCAUCAAUCCAAAGUACUCGUGGAAUUCCAAACAAAUUUCAACCACGUCAUCAACAAAGUUUAGAAAUUCCAAAUAAACACGAUGAUGAUGACAGUAAAAGUACUCAUUCCUGGCGUAGUGGGUCUAGAGUAUCUUCAAGAAGACAAAGUACUGAAGACAGCAUUGAUUCUGAAGAUGAAUGGUACUGCUAUGAGUUAAGAAAGUUAGAAGAAAUGGAACAUCAAUCUCAAUUGGAUAUUGAUAGACAACAAACAUUAGCUGAAGAACCGGAAUUUGAAGAAGAACUAUUAGAAGAAGAAAAUGAGAGUUUAAAAGAGAAAAUGUCUUUCGUUUUAAGAGAAUUAAAAUUAAAAACUGCAUCUGUUAAGGUAAAAUAUGAUGAAACUCCAAUUAAAGAAACUUGGAAAGAUAUUACAACCUUUCCAGUUAUCGAGGAAAAACGAGAUGAAGAUGUAAUCUCUGAUAGAGGAUCAGAUGAUGACAAAUCAUUCGCUGAUUCUGGUUCAGGAGAGACAUCUGGGCCAGACAGCCCUGUACAAAGUGGUGACGAGUACGAUGACGAUUAUGAUAUGCCUCAAAUUCACGAAGAACCUGUAGCAGUUCAACGACCGCCGCCACAACAGGAUGCUCCAGCUGGAAGCAAGUGGAAGUUAUUGAAGGCAUUAAAAGAUAGAAAAGCUGAAGAAAAGACUUCAGAGACGCCUGCAGCUACAACGCCCUCGACUGAUAAGGACAAAAAUGGCUCCGGAGGAUUUAAUGACCAAGGUGGCCGCGGAAAUGGACACCCCGGAGACAACCCAUUCUACAGCAAUAUCGACAGUAUGCCAGAUAUUCGACCAAGAAGGAAAUCCAUACCUCUUGUUUCUGAGCUUACCAUGGCUGCCACAAAAAGGAAUGCAGGUUUGACAUCCGCUGUCCACCGGGCAACAUUAAACGAUGAAGAAUUGAAAAUGCACGUGUACAAGAAAACAUUGCAAGCCCUAAUUUAUCCAAUUUCUUCGACGACCCCACAUAACUUCGUAUUGUGGACGGCAACUUCCCCUACCUACUGUUACGAGUGCGAAGGUCUUUUAUGGGGUAUAGCCAGACAGGGGGUCAGGUGUACAGAAUGCGGGGUCAAAUGUCAUGAGAAAUGCAAAGAUUUGCUUAACGCCGACUGCCUACAGAGGGCUGCUGAGAAGUCAUCCAAACAUGGAGCCGAAGAUAAAGCCAACUCUAUUAUUACUGCUAUGAAGGAAAGGAUGAAGCAACGGGAACGGGAUAAACCAGAAAUCUUUGAACUCAUCAGACGCGUGUUCAGCAUCGAAGGAGAGGGCCAUGGAGCACACAUGAGCACCGUGAAGCAAUCAGUCCUCGAUGGUACAUCGAAAUGGAGCGCCAAAAUCGCCAUUACAGUUAUUUGUGCUCAGGGUUUGAUCGCCAAGGACAAGAGUGGAACAUCCGACCCAUACGUCACUGUUCAAGUAAGCAAAGUAAAGAAAAGAACAAGAACUAUGCCGCAAGAGUUGAAUCCUGUGUGGAAUGAAAAAUUUUACUUUGAAUGCCACAAUUCUUCAGACCGCAUCAAAGUAAGAGUAUGGGACGAAGAUAACGACCUGAAAUCGAAGCUUCGACAGAAAUUAACGAGAGAAUCUGACGAUUUUUUGGGACAAACCAUCAUUGAGGUUCGAACUUUGUCUGGCGAGAUGGACGUGUGGUACAACUUGGAGAAGAGGACGGACAAGUCAGCUGUGUCCGGGGCGAUUCGUCUGCACAUAAAUGUCGAGAUCAAGGGUGAAGAGAAGGUGGCACCAUACCACGUUCAGUACACCUGCCUUCACGAGAACCUGUUCCAUUAUUUAUGCGAAGAGAAUGGUGGGGCGGUAACUCUACCCGCGGCUAGAGGUGAUGAUGCCUGGAAAGUGUAUUUCAACGAGAACCCGGAGGAGAUAGUAGACGAGUUCGCAAUGAGAUAUGGCAUUGAAGCCAUUUAUCAAGCCAUGACACAUUUUCAUUGCUUGUCUACGAAAUACCUAUGCGCGGGCGUACCAGCUGUAAUGUCUACGUUAUUAGCUAAUAUCAACGCAUACUACGCUCAUACCACUGCUUCAUCCGCUGUUUCAGCUUCUGACAGAUUCGCUGCAUCCAACUUUGGGAAAGAGAAAUUCGUCAAACUACUGGAUCAGCUGCAUAACUCUCUGCGCAUCGAUCUGUCGAUGUACAGAAAUAACUUCCCUGCUUCCAGCGCUGAGAAGCUCAUGGACCUCAAGUCUACUGUAGACCUACUGACUAGCAUAACUUUCUUCAGAAUGAAGGUCCAAGAGCUUAGCAGCCCACCCCGUGCCAGCACGGUAGUCAAAGACUGCGUGAAGGCUUGCCUUAGAUCAACAUAUCAGUUUCUAUUUGAAAAUUGUUAUGAGCUGUAUAACAGAGAGUUCCAGGUGGAUCCCAACGAGGCCAAGCGCGACCCAUCUGAUCACGGGCCACAGUUGGACUCGGUGGACUUCUGGCACAAACUCAUUGCCCUCAUCGUAUCUGUGAUAGAGGAGGAUAGGAACAGUUAUGCUCCCGUCCUCAAUCAAUUUCCCCAGGAAUUGAAUAUUGGACAGUUGUCAGCCGCAACGAUGUGGUCACUAUUUGCGGUGGAUAUGAAAUAUGCAUUAGAGGAACAUGAACAGCACCGACUGUGCAAGUCUUCCGCUUAUAUGAACUUACAUUUCAAGGUUAAAUGGCUUCAUACGAACUACGUGAAAGAUGUGCCGCCGUACUGCGGAGCGGUACCAGAAUACCCGGCGUGGUUUGAACCCUUCGUGAUGCAGUGGCUCAACGAAAAUGAUGACGUAUCGCUUGAGUAUCUCAAUGGAGCUUUCAAUAGAGAUAAGCGAGAUGGGUUCCAAAAAUCCAGUGAACACGCACUCUUCAGUAAUUCGGUUGUGGAUGUCUUUACGCAACUUACACAGUGUUUCGACGUGGUCUCCAAGUUGGAGUGUCCAGAUCCUGAGAUCUGGAAACGGUAUAUGAAGAGAUUCGCGAAAACCAUUGUGAAAGUUCUGGUGGCAUAUGCUGAUAUUGUGAAGAAGGAAUUCCCUGAACAUUUGAAAGAAGAGAGAGUGGCUUGUAUCCUGAUGAAUAAUAUCCAACAACUUCGUGUACAAUUGGAGAAGAUGUUUGAAGCAAUGGGAGGGCCUAAGUUGGAGCGUGAUGCAGCCGAUAUUUUGAAUGACCUACAGCAAAGUCUGAACAGCACGCUUGAUGAACUCGCCUGCAUGUUUGCAAAUAGCCUGGAGACUCGCAUCACUGCAAGUGUGAAAGAACUGGGCGAGCUCCUGCAAAAGGUUGGAGGUGGCGGUGCCCCUGGUGCUCCACAGCCACCUGCACACCACGAAGCUGACGAAGUACUGCGACCACUCAUGGAUAUAUUGGACGGUUCAUUGACAAUGUACGCCGAGUCCUGCGAAAAGACUGUUCUCAAACGACUGCUCAAGGAAUUAUGGAAGAUCGUUAUGAAGAUUCUAGAGAAAACUGUUGUGCUUCCACCUAUGACUGAUAAAACGAUGAUGCUUAAGAAUUUAACUAACAACGCAAAGAAUUUGGCGGCGAAUGCGAAGAUUGAAGACAUGACGCAAUUGUUUAAGAGCACAGUCGGUAAACAGGAUGUCAAGCAUGCACUCUCCGGGGUUAUGGAUAUAUCUAAAGAGCAUCUGUCUGCUGAGAAGAGUUUAACACCAAAACAAUGUGCUGUAUUAGACGCAGCUUUGGACACCAUCAAGCAAUAUUUCCAUGCAGGUGGCAACGGUCUCAAGAAGACCUUUCUGGAAAAGAGCCCGGAACUACAAUCAUUACGAUAUGCUCUCAGUCUGUAUACACAGACUACUGACACACUUAUCCGGACAUUUGUCACCAGUCAGCAGAAUCAAGACGCAGCGGUUGCAGAAGAAGGCAGCGUGUCUCUGCAGGUUGAUCUGUUCACACAUCCUGGUACUGGAGAACAUAAGAUCACUGUGAAAGUGGUAGCAGCAAACGAUCUCAAAUGGGUUAUAGCGAGUGGAAUGUUCCGUCCGUUCAUAGAAGUGAAUCUCAUUGGGCCCCAUCUAGCCGAUAAGAAGAGGAAGUUUGCGACCAAGUCCAAGAGCAACAAUUGGAGUCCCAAGUUUAACGAAACCUUUCACUUUAUGGUGAGCGCGACGGAACAGUUGGAGUUGUUCGAGCUACACGUGUGCGUGCGAGACUACUGCUUCGCACGCGAAGAUCGACUUGUUGGUGUCGCUGUUAUGCGCCUCGCAGAUAUCGCUGAACAGGGUUCAUGCGCAUGCUGGCUUCCAUUAGGCACUCGCGUCAAAAUGGAUGAGACCGGAUGGACCAUCCUCAGAAUACUUUCGCAGAGGCACAGCGACGAAGUAGCUCGGGAAUUCGUGAAGCUCAAAUCCGAAAUGCGAGCGGAAGCACCGACCGGAGGCCAGGGACCUUCGUGAACCCUCUAAAUACCAACCCUUCGAAACAAACCGUGGCAACUUGGUGACUGAGACUGGAUCUAACGAGGUCUAUAAAGUCUUUCACAUUUCCAGGCGAGCCUUCGAUAGAACAGUGCGAGCAAGAUGGACAUACACGGCGCUGCGCGUCAGAAUGAGACGACUAUAUACGAACAAGCCCCGGCGCUCCGGCGGUACCCGGUCAGUGCUCGUUCGUUUCAUUUCGUACAGUCUCGUUUGCGAGACGUUUUGUAAAUAAAUUACGGUGUUAAGUUACGCGGAUAAUAGAAUAUUUUGCACAAAUUCGUAAACAUUAGCUGAAAAGACUGACCGUAGGCGGCCGCGGGCGCCGCGAGUGCCACCCUCGUUUAGGUACUCAGAUAUUUAUCGCGAACUUGAUUUUAAUCACAUCUCGAUAUAUCACCCUCCAUGUAAUCGAAUUAUUUAAAAUUUCAUAUAAUUGUUCUAUUACGAAUAAUAAUCAAAUUAUACUAAGUUGCAGAAUA